CACCUUACAUGUCAAAACCUCUUCUUGAUGACACGGGCACGUGAAGCAACACAUUGGGGACGUCAACAGGACAUUGGGUCAACUCUCUAUGAAAGAACAAACACUUAAAGGGAUGCUCAAUGGCACAAAGGCAUUUGGGUGUUGAGUGGUGGUCAUCUGGAAAGGAAGCUCCAGCAAAGCCAGAAGCCAUGUACUUCUUUUCUAUGGAUGAGGAAGUGAACUAUACUAGCUACGAAAACUACACGGCCUACGUUGUGGAUCCAAAGACGUUAUCAUGCGAGAUACCACUGCCGUCUCCCACAGCAGCUCUGACCCUCAGUGUCCUCCUCAUAGCCAUCUUUUUACUGGCCAUACCAGGGAACCUGUUGGUGGGGUGGGUGAUCCGCACCAGCAGACAGGCGCUGACCCCUUCGGAUGUGUACUUGUUUCACCUGACGAUAGCGGACGGUCUGAUGGCCCUGACGAUCCCAUUCUGGGCUGUAGCCCUGAUUAAAGGAUGGGUCUUUGGAGACAUCAUGUGCAAGCUCCUCAGCCUCGUCAACGAGGCAAACUUCUACACCAGCAUCCUCUUCCUGGCCUGCAUUAGCGUCGACCGCUACCUCGUGAUCGUGCACGCCAGGGAGAGCCUGCAGAGUCGCCAGAGGAAGUGCAGCAGGCUCCUGUGUGCAGCCGUGUGGGCCCUCGGUUGGGCCCUCGCCCUCCCUGCGCUCUUCAACGACGCCUUCGAGCUAAACUCGGAGAGGAUGAUUUGCCAUGAGACCUUUGACAUUGGCAAAGCCGCCUCGUGGAGGAAUGCCACGCGCGGGUUCCGCCACAUUUUGGGCUUCUUGCUCCCCCUGCUCGUCAUGGUAAUCUGCUACGGCGUCACCAUCGCCAGGCUGCUGCGCACCCGCGGCUUCCAGAAGCACCGGGCCAUGAAGGUGAUCACCGCCGUGGUGAUCGCGUUCCUGCUGUGCUGGACGCCGUACCACAUAACCUUGAUAGUGGACACGCUCCUGAGGGCCGACGCGAUACCGUUCGACUGCGCUCUGAGGAGAUCCGUGAACGUGGCUUUGGUUGUAACCAACAGCCUGGCUCUGCUGCACAGCUGCAUCAACCCGGUCCUCUACGCGUUCGUGGGAGAGAAGUUCAGGAGCAAAAUGACCCAACUUGUUCAGAGGAGAGCCAGAAAGGAGAGGACGUCGGGGUCGAAGUUCAGCCGGUCGACGUCGCAGACUUCAGAAGGCAACGGAGCUAUUCUCUGAAACUGCAAUAGACGUUUGACGAUAUAUAUUUUUUUGCCUAAUCCAGAUGUAAAGAACAUCCUUUGAUUUAAUUAUCUUCUUCUGAUUGGUGGUGCACUGCUGCCAUCUAUUGACUUUCCUGCUGGUCUUCUUCCACAUCGUCAAUUUCCAUUUUUCCUUGCUCAAGAAUUGACCAGUAUUUUGGCUUUUUAGUGUUUUUAAUCAAAGAUUCUUGGACUGCAUUUUUAUUGCAGAAUUCAAGCCUUCACUCUUGACAGUGAUUAUCGUUCAUAUAUCAUAUACUGUAUGCUACAAAGUAUGUAUAAACUGUAAAUACAGCCUUUUCAGUAUAAAGUGCAAAUGCUAUUCACAUUUAAAGUGCUGAUAAGUUCAUCAUUAGAAAUAAAAGGCCUUACAAUA